GAUAAAUAUUUAUUUAAUUUAUUUAAUUAUUUAUUGUUCAAUGGAAUUGUCCAUUUGAAUUUGUUCUUAAUUUAAAACUAUUUUAGAGUUUGAAAAUAUUGACUGUUGAAUUUUAUAAUAAUUUGUUGUGUAUAAAUCAGGUAAUCAAUUAUACUAAUAAUGUCCCAGGAAGAUAAAUUUGAAAAUUGCAUAAGCAUAGAAGAAUCUCCUAAAAGAGGUAUUAUUUUAAUUUUUAAUAAAUCUAAAUUUUUUUAUAUAUAGUAAUAGUGUAUAGUAGUAUACACUGACUAAAAGAUCCCAAUUGUUAAAAAUAUAUUAGACUGCUAAAAUUUAUUGUGGUUAAUAUAUAAUUUAUUGUGGUUGGUUAGCUGUAAUUGUUAGUAUCAUAAUAUACAGAUACUAAAAAUCAUCAAUUGAUUAUAUUAUUGUACAAAUUUCAGUACAAAACAGAAAAUAUCAAUAUCUACUUUGCCUAUUAAACUUAUUGUGAAUUCUAUAUUAGAACAUUAAUUCCCAGUCUACUAUUGUAUUUCAAUAUUAUCUAUUGAUUUAUAUGUAUUUUUUUUCUUUAUUAAAACUAGUUUAUAUUUUAUGUUUAAGGGCCAACUCUUUCAACAAGCACUAGUAGUUUUGAGCGUAAUGAUCCGCAUGACCCUAAUUUAAGCUUAUUGUCCACCAAAAUGUUUGAAAAGACAUCUGAAUAUUUGAUGGGAGAACUAAAUAUAACUGAGGUUGGUAUAUAAUUCUAAAAUAUUUAAGUCCCCAAAUACUUAUAUUUAAUAAAAAUGUGUUGAUGUAUUUAUGAAGGAGGAUUAUAAAUUAUUGGAAACCAUGAAUAAAAUGACUAUGGAAAAAUAUGGGUCUUAUAGACAAAUUGCUUCAGAUGUUGGGAAACAAAUUUUAGAACUUAACGAAAAAUGUAAUUAAAUAUUUUAAAUUAAAUUUAUGUUUUUAUAUAUAUAUAUAUAUUUAUUAAAAAUUUAAAGUUUUGUUUACAUUUACUUAUUGAUAUAUUGUUAUUAUUUAGAUAAAUCAUUAGAACCAUAUCUUUCUCAAAUUGACCAGAUCGAAGACAGUGUUUCAAAACUAGAACAAGCUGCAUUUAAAUUAGAUGCAUAUGCCAAAAGAUUGGAAGCAAAAUACAAAAGUUUAGAAAAACGACAAUAAUUUGUACUUAAUAUUGUUAAGAUGUUAUAUUAAUUUGUCUGUGAUAAAUUGUCAUACCUAUAUUAAAGUAAAAUUAUAAGUAUAUAAUAUAUAAAAUUAGAGUAGGGAAAAUUAAUAUUUAAAUAAUUCAUUAAAUACAACUAUUUUAAUAAAGUAUAGUUAAUAAAAAUUAAUAAAAAUUAUCUAAUAAAUUUGAUUGGAAC